AUGUCACUCUGGCUGCUCCCAUGUGCGCUGCGCAUUGAUGCUCCUGAGCACGCGCCCAUCGAGGGGCCUACAAUUGUUGCUGCCGGACGCGCAGAGAAGCUGCGUGCGGCGGUGCUGGAGAAGGUGGAGCAGAACUCGGUAGUAGUCUUUGCCCGCAGCGAGUGCCCGUCCGGCGACGCGGCCCGCGAGUGCUUCGAGGCGUUGGGCAUUCCCUACGUGUCGAUCGAGGUUGGGCAAGGCUCGACCCUGGAGCGCGCUCUUUCGACAAGCGCCGACACUCUGCCGCGCAUUUACAUUCAUGGAAUGCUGUACUCUGGCGCCGAAAUUGCUGAGAAAUGUCGAAGUGGUCUCGUAUCAGCGCUUGCGCUUGCGCAAUAA